AUGGUGAUGCCCAAGGAGGCAUUGAUCCAAGAGCUGAUCACCUUCGACCACAGCGCCAACCACAACACCCACCACGCCAAGCUCGCGCCAUUGGAGCCUAUGAUCAACCUCACAUUAAUGGUCAUAGACCCUUUUGAUCACUUGUACAAGUUUGAUAAGUAUUGUGGCUUGUCCAAGACAAAUGGUAUUUCUGAAGAUGCCUUCAAGUUGAAGUUGUUCCCUUUCUCUUUGGGAGACAAGGCACACCAAUGGGAGAAGACUCUUUCAAGUGACACUGUCACCACUUGGGAAGAGUGUAAGAGAGCUUUCCUAGACAAGUUCUUCUCUACUUCAAGGACAGCUAAGAUCAGGAACAAAAUCUCUGGGUUUCAACAGAAAGGUCUAGAAAGUUUCAGUGAAGCAUGGAAGAGGUUCAAGGGCUAUUGGUCUCAAUGCCCUCAUCAUGGUUUCAGCAAGAAGAGUUUGCUUAGCACCUUCUACAGAGGAGCUCUACCACAGUGCAGAAACAGGCUUGACACUGCCAGCAAUGGUUUCUUAUUAAGGAGAACCGAGGAAGAGGCAGAGGAACUGGUAGAGAACAUGGCUAAGAGUGACUCGGUCUACAGUGAGGAGCAUGAUAGGGUCAACAGAAGUGAUGAUCAACAAACAAAGAAAGAGAUCAAGUCCUUGCAAGAGAAGAUGGACUUGCUUCUUUCCAACCAAGCUAAGCAAGAGCAGAUGAACUUUGUGGGUGGUCCUAAUCAAGAGGUUCCUCCCAAGAUCAAUGAGUACAACAACUACCAGCAAAGGUCCUACUCUAACAACCAGCAAGGAGGAUACCAACAAAAGCAAAACACUCAGCAAGGGAGCUAUCAACCUAGACAAACCACCCCUCCUGGUUUCAACAAUAACAACAAUCAGUCUACUCAGGCUCAAGGAAGUUCUUCCCAAGCUCCAGCUUCAGAUACAAGUGUGGAUGCAAUGUUCAAGAAACUCUUGGAUUUUCAGGAAAAGAAUGAGAAGACAAUGGGUCGCCAACAAGGGGCAUUACCUGGAAAGCCAGAGCAAAAUCCCAAGGAAACUAUGAAAGCAAUCACCCUACGGAGUGGUAAACAGUUAUCUCCAAGAAUUCUCACCAAAGAUGGUGAAAAGCAAGGUGGGGAGGUGGCUAUCAACAUUGAUGAUGAAGUGGUGAUUGUAGAUGAGAAGGUUGAUGAAGAAAUUAUAGAAAAGAUUGUUGAAGCUAAGGGUAAAGGAAAGGUUGGAGAAGAGAAGAGGACAGUGAAACAUGGUGAAACUGCUACUCCAACAAAGGACUCCUCUUUUGUUCCUCCUCCCUAUGAGCCAAAGCUACCAUUCCCUGGAAGAUUCAAAAGACAGCUAUUGGAGAAGUACAAGGCACUCUUUGAGAAACAAAUGAGUGAAGUUCAGAUCAUAAUGCCCAUCAUUGAUGCUUUUAUGCUGGUUCCUCAAUACAGAAAAUUCUUGAAAGAUGCUGUAGCUGCAAAGAAAAAAGAGAUGGAGAGCAUGAUGAUCCUUACCCACGAGUGCAGUGCCAUUAUCCAGAGAUCAGUGAAGAUUCCUGUUGGUAUUUUAGAAGACCUCCCCUUGAUGGUUGGUAACUUUGAGAUCCCUACUGAUUUUGUUGUGUUGGAGAUGGGGGAGGAAGCCCAAGACCCUUUGAUCUUUGGAAGACCAUUCUUAGCCACCGCAGGAGCUAUUGUGAAUGUUAGACAAGGAAAGAUUGAUCUUCAUCUUGGACAAGGGAACAUUCUUCACUUUGACAUCAAUGAAGUGAUGAAGACUCUCUACAACAUGCUUUAA